UCCCUAUUAACUUUAAAAGAUUGACACCCAAACAAACCCCAAUCAAUAAAUAAGCCAAUCUAUUUUAACCAGAAGGAACGACUAGUCCACUACACCUCUCUCUCUCUUCCUGCCCCCAAGCCCAAACCCUCUCCAUCAAAUUUUGAAUUCAGAUCCCAUGAUUGCUAAUUGAUAAUAAAUUAGGGUUUUCUGGUUUCCAAUUUUAAGCAUGGACGGCAAUAAAGACGAUGCGUUGAAAUGCUUCAGAAUCGGGAAAGAAGCCCUCGAAUCUGGGGACCGAGCGCGUGCCCUCAAAUUUCUCACCAAAGCUCGACGACUCGACCCCUCUCUCCCCGUCGAUGAUCUCAUCUCAUCCAUCGAAUCCGAUUCUAAUUCAAAUCCCAAUGGGCCCUCCGUGCGGGCGACGACGGAGAAACCGGCCGAUCAACCCUCGCUCCGUCACCGGGCCCCAGCCACCGCCUCAUCUUCAUCAACAUCAUCUGCAUCUGCUGCUGCGUUCACCGAAGAGCAAAUCACGAUCGUGAGACAGAUUAAGAAAAAGAAAGAUUAUUACGAUAUUUUAGGUGUUGAAAAGAGCUGUUCAGUGGAGGAUGUACGGAAAGCGUAUCGAAAACUGUCUCUGAAAGUUCAUCCUGAUAAGAACAAAGCCCCGGGUGCUGAAGAAGCUUUUAAAUUAGUUUCUAAGGCGUUUCAGUGUCUGAGCAAUGAAGAGAAUAGGAAAAAAUACGAUCUUGUCGGGUCCGAUGAGCCUGUUUACCAACCACGGGCACACAGUCGGGCGGCCCAUGGGUAUAAUGGUUAUUACGAUGCGGAUUUUGAUGCCGAUGAGAUUUUUAGGAACUUUUUCUUUGGAGGGAUGCAGCCCGCCAGAACACAGUUUCGACAUUUUAAUUUUGGGCCGGGUAUGGCGGCCAGAACGGCUGAUCAUGGGUCUGGUGGGUUUAAUUUACGAGCGUUAAUUCAGUUAUUGCCGGUGAUUCUUAUCAUUCUGUUGCAAUUUUUGCCAUCUUCAGAGCCAAUUUAUGCCCUGUCUAGGUCGUAUCCUUAUGAGUACAAGUUUACGACAGAGAGAGGUGUUAAUUAUUAUGUGAAGUCAGCCAAGUUUGAGCAGGAUUAUCCGAUGAAUAGUGCGGAGAGAGUGAAGCUUGAAAGGCAGGUGGAGAAGGAUUACUCGUCAAUACUUGUGCAGAAUUGUCGGUUAGAGAUUCAGCGUCAGCAGUGGGGUUUCAUAAAGGAGACUCCUCAUUGUGAUAUGUGGCGGAAGUUUCAAGAAUCGCCAGCUUGAUGACUUGAAUCAAGAUUGCUUGUUUGCUGCUAAAUGCUUCAACAUUUUCACGUUUGACGAUCACAUGAAGCAUUUGAAAUUUGCUCAAGCUACGAAGGAUAAUAGUAGUGAUUUUUGAGAAUUAUCUUUAUCAAAUCUGGCUGUUGUCUAUACUUUUCGCACCUUUAGUUGGUAAACUUUCUGCAGCAAACUCUGUGAUCUAUGCAUACACGAGGACAGCUCAUAAAAACUUUCUUUGAAAGUCAGGUUGCAAUAUGCAUGCCUAUGAAUGCAUCCUGCAAGAGUUGCAAGAUUUAUAUUUACAUUACAUUUUUAGUACUGUAGAAUAUAAUUUUCGAUAACCUCUAUUUUUAUGUACAUGAACUAGUUACGUGUGUACAUUGAUUCGUUUA